AUUUCAUCUGGGAAUGCCCUUUUAUCCGGAAGUGCGUAAGAACGGUGGCAACCCCAAACAGAAGUCAAGGUUCAUGUUGCUGUCGUGAGAAAAAGAGAUGAGCGAUCGAUAUUUUGUCACCGUGAGCACAAUCUAGAAUUGAAAAGAUGGCAACAAAUUCAGUGAUUCCCGAACUGACCAGUUCCGAAAGCGAGGACACCCUUGCUGGAAUGGACGAGUCAGAAAUGGCAUUGAAUGGUAUCUCAAUGUUGCUGAAUAAUGGUUUUGAUGAAGCCAGCGCUUUAUUCGAAAAAUACAAGAAUGACAGUUACUUGAUGAAUUCAGGAUACAGUUUUGUAUUUUUCAUGCAAGCUCUUAUGUCUUUUGAGGAGGAAAAGCUAGACGAAGCUUUGAAAGUUUUACAAGAAACUGAAAAAUUGUGUGAUACUGAUUCAGGAGUGUUGAAGUCAAUCAAAAACAGAUUCAAGUCCAAGAAAAAGAGAGUGGAGGGACAAAUCAGCAUUGAUGAAAAGAUUCAAAGACAGGUGAUAGUAGCUGACUCUUUACUCUAUCAGGCAAUAUUAGUGUUCACCAAUCAAGACAUUCCUAGCUACAUCAAAGGUGGCUGGUACCUCCGCAAAGCCUGGAAAAUCUACGAGAAAUUGUACAAAGAUGUCAUGCAACUCCAGAUGAGAAAUGCCAAGUUACGUCAGUCAGAGAAUGGACCAGUGGAUGGAAAUGACAACGAAAUGCCUCAGGAACUUCUAGACCGCCUCCAGGGGGCGGUUAGUUUUGGAUACGGAACAUUCCAGAUUUGUAUAUCAAUGGUCCCCCCUAAGAUUCUAAAAUUGAUUGAACUGUUUGGGUUUGAGGGUGACCGGGAUGCAGGGCUUGCAGCAUUAGAUUACUCUAGUCACAGUAAAGAUAUGAAAGCACCUCUUGCCACACUAGGCCUGCUGUGGUACCACACUGUACUACGGCCAUUCUUUGCAUUGGAUGGAGCUAACGAUUAUAGUGCAGGGACAGAAGAUGCGGAGAGAAUUAUAGAAGAGAAAGAGACAGAAUUCCAGCAGUCUUCUUUAUUUCUAUUCUUUCGUGGGAGGAUACACAGACUCAGGAAACAAACAGACAAAUCAUUGGAGUCCUAUCAAAAAGCAUUAGAGGCAGCAAAAGGUCAAAGGGAAAUAGAACUCAUGUGUCAAUAUGAAAUAGGUUGGGUUAAUAUAAUGAAAUUACAGUGGAGAGAAAGUCUACAAGCAUUCACAAGAUUAAAGGAAGAGACAAAGUGGUCCAAAUGUUACUAUACAUAUCUUAUGGGAGUGUCCUUGGGAGCAAUGGGUGAUAUAAAGGGAGCUCAUGACAUACUCAAAGAAGUACCAGGUCUGCUCAAAAAGAAAAACAAUCAAAUCGAAGCCUAUGUUUCAAGGAGGGCUGAGAAGUUCAAGAAGGCAGCCCCAAGUCAGGAGUACUGUCGUCUGCUAUGUAUGGAGCUGAUAUUUCUCUGGCAUGCUCUACCCACCUGCACUCCAGAUGAACUUCAACCCUAUCUCACAGUUUGUGACAUGCAAACAGAUUCAAAGGUCUAUCAUGUCAAAUGUUUGAUAGAAGGAGCUGUGUACAAAGAGCUUGGAGAACUAGAAAUGGCAAUACAGUGUUUAGAGGAGGCCAUAGCUCGACAACAAGGAAUGAAGGAAGACCAACAUGUCCCGGCUUUUGCCAGCUUUGAGCUUGCUUCUAUUUACAUGAGAAAGCCUGAGACUGCUGGAAAAGCAAAACAACUGUUACAACAGAUAAAGGAUAAUUACAAAGAAUAUGAUUUUGAGAAUAGAUUAACAGUGAGAGUGAAUAAUGCCUUGAAGGCUUUGAAAAUCAGUGCCAAAGUGGGAUGAGUAACAGACCUCCGUCUUCCCUCACUCCAUCUCCACUUCAAGAGCAAAUCAGGAUCAGGAAAUCCAGCUGGGUGUACAGGAAAUCCCAAUGGAUGUUCAGGAAAUCCAGAUAAAUGAUUUAAAAAAUGAGCAUCCGAUCUGGUGGCUUUUAGUUUAAAUAAAUAUCAUUCUCUAAUCACUAAUGACACACCACUUCAUGAUCUUUUCAGUACUUCAGUCGAUAUAGAAAUUUCUGUUGUGUUCUCGUAUCAGGGUUGUUACAUAAUAGACUACUGUUUCUCAUUGACAACAGUUUGAAAAUCAUGAAGGCAACAAAUAUGUUUCCUUCAGUUGGAUAUUUUGUUUAUGUUUCCAUUUCCUUUAUAGACCAAAUGUAGACCAAUUAUCAUUAAAAAGUUAUUAGUAUUAUGUGUCAACACUGUGCCAAAGUUUGAUGCCCCAUUAAACUUAUAAAAAUCAGUUUAAAUCUGAUGACAAAUACAUUGUUGUUGUUCUAUGUCAUUGCAUGUAUUUAUUUAAUUUGACAUUUACAAUAUCAUUGGUUCAUAAAGUAAGUACACGUCAGCUAAUGCAGCAAGUCCUGUCAUGGCUCUAAAGAAAGCAUGGAAAAAGAUGGUCUCUUUAGGAACAAGACAUGAUUCUACAUUGUCAAUUAUUGUCUAACUUAAGACCAUUCACAUGGAGCUAUGCCAUUAAAUUCAGAAUAGCGUAAGUUUAAUUUUGAACUGACCUUUGAUGAGUAUAUUGGUAAAUUGAAAGAUUCUCCGUAAGCCAUCAAUUUUUUUAUAAUGAAGAUAAUCAUCAUGAUACUUGAUAUUUUGAAAUACAUCUAUACCUUAAUUAAGGGGAGUUGAUUAAGAACUAAACUUUUUUACUUUGAAAUCAGUGAUUAAUUUUGUCAUAAUAGGAUUAUUUUACUUGUCACUGAUUAGAAAUGUG